CAACCCAUGAGAGCACCAAUGGCAGAGUGAAGUUGAGUGAAGGCGAUAUACGAAGCAGUUCGGAACCGUAGACAGACGCACGUUCGUAGCAAGCUUGUGCCUUCGCCUUGUGCAAUUUGCUUACGGUGAGGGACUCGAUCGUUAUCGUUCCCUCGUUCUUCAGCAUCAAGGGGAACGACUCCCCGGACGAAGUGAAGCAUCGAGAUGGAAGGAGAUUCCGGCUAUACCGCCCAAGCUCCCGCAACCCCGCAGCCUGGAGCCGCAGUGGCCGAUGGCGAUAUCCAACUCACGAUGUUCGACAAGAUGCGGAGGAUGGUGUCCACCGACGAAGAGUGGGACGCAAUCCUCCUGCAGAAAAUGGAACUCAAACGUAACCGAGAACAAGGCCUUCCUGAUCCUCCGCAGCAACCUUUCUCGAUCGGGAGCGCCGUCGGAAACGUCGGCGCCGCCAUCGGCAAUAAGGUAGGAGGUGUGCUGACCAAAGCGAAGGGGGCUAUUCCGGUGCAAUUGCCCAAUAUGCCCAACAUCCCGAUUCCCGGACUCAACAAGGGAGCGGCAGCUCCUGAAGGAACGGAGGCUAGUCAAGAGUACGCCCAGCUCGAUUCCACUGUUGCUUCUCAGCAGUAAACCCAUACGGUGAUCACGCAACAUUACCAGCCACGCAGCACAUCCCGAGCCCCGUGCGCAGUGCACCGCUAAAAGCAUAGAGAGAGGAUAGCGAGAUACAAACGAAGAUCAACACGCCAAAUUCCUGCACGUAAAUUCCGAUGGAUUGGUGGUAAUGGUCAUCAUUCGGAGCCAGCAUCGACUAAGGAUUUAAGAAAGGAGAAGAGGAAGCAAGAAGUGCAAUUAGAUCUACUCAAAGAACGAAUGUUGGACAGCAGCCGACCGAGAGAGUAUUCCUCAGAUGGCUCGAUCAGCCGCUGUGUAUCGGGAACGAAGAGAAACAAUUCAGAGAAGAUCUGAUAUCCUCAAGCGAGCGAGGACCGGCGAAAGGAGCGUUGAUGAUAUCGAAGUGGACGCAUCGUCGUCUAUCGCGAUGGGGAGAACGGGAAUAUUGGAGGGACUCUCGGAGGUCG